GAAUAUCCAGCAACGGGGAUGCUGUGGAGGAACAGAGUCACUGACCUCAGCAUGUACAAGGGAGGAGAUGGCCCAUCCCCCAGCUCCAGUUCCAACUCCAGCUCCAGCUCCAGUAGCAGUUCCUCAGACAGUGAAAGUGAAGGAACGCCUGGAUGUGGAGAGAAAAAGAAGAAAGUGAAGCAAGCGAAAGCGGACCAGGUGAAAGAGAGCGAGAGAGAGAGAGACAAAGGGCAGACCGAGAAAUGCAGACACUAACAGCGGCCGAAGAAACCCAACAAGAUUUAUAAAAAGAUUUUGUUCUUGCCCCUAAUCGUUUUGUUUCUUGCAUGUUUAACGAACCCUAGUUUGGCUUUUUAAAUUAAACUGUGUCCUUUGUA